CAGUUCUGAGCUGAGAGGCUGACAGUUUUCAAAAUCAUUUUCCUAGUGCGGAUCCUUUUUGCUUGACUAAGAAGGAUAUCUACUGCUCCACUCGCGAAACAAGCCAGAUGCCGUCAGUAGCCCGCGAAGAAGAGACAGGAGUUAAAUAUUCCUAUACGGAAGUCAGUUCUUUUCAGAUUAGCGAAGUAAACACGCGAAAUAUGUCGCCAGAACCAGUCAAGACUGGACGCAUUUUUAUGGCCGCUGUGGCAGCUAACUUGUCCGCCUUUGUGGUGGGCACCUGCCUGGGCUGGACCUCUCCAAUUGGACCCAAACUCAAGACCGAAGAUACCUCCGACUCGCCUCUGGACAGACCCAUAACAUCCGAUGAAGAUGCCUGGAUCUCCUCGCUGAUUGCCAUUGGAGCGCUCAUUGCUCCCUUUGUGGCUGGACCCCUGGCGGAUCGCAUUGGCCGAAAGUGGGUACUGCUCUCCAGCAGUCUCUUCUUCGUGCUUGCCUUCGGAAUUAAUAUGGGAGCCUCAGAGGUGUGGAUCCUAUACCUGUCCCGACUGAUUCAGGGCUUCGGCGUGGGGUUCGUGAUGACUGUGCAGCCCAUGUAUGUGGGUGAGAUUUCCACGGAUAAUGUUCGUGGAGCUACGGGCUCUCUAAUGCAGUUGUUUAUUGUGGCUGGUAUUCUAUAUGUCUAUGCAAUUGGUCCCUUUGUCUCGUACAUGGCUCUUCAGUGGUGCUGUAUUGUUGUGCCGGUGAUCUUCGAUGCGAUCUUCUAUUUUAUGCCCGAGAGUCCCCACUAUUUUGCCGGAAAGGGGCGCAAGACAGACGCACUGCGUUCGCUACAGUUUCUGCGUGGCCAAAGCGCCGAGGGAGUGCACAACGAGAUGGCCGAAAUACAAUCCAGUGUGGAGGAGGCCAUGGCCAACAAAGGCACCAUUAUGGAUCUGUUUAAGAACCCCGGCAACCGCAAGGCGCUGUUCAUCUGUGCCGGCCUAAUCUCCUUCCAGCAGCUUUCGGGAAUCAACGUCGUCCUUUUCAAUAGCCAGUCGAUCUUUGCCAGCGCCAACACGGGACUGGAUCCCGCCAUUGCCACCAUUAUUAUUGGCUGCGUCCAGGUGGCAUCCUCGGGCCUGACGCCCAUCGUGGCGGAUCGCCUUGGCAGGAAGGUGAUGCUGCUGACCUCCGCCAGUGUGAUGACAGUGGGUCUGACGGCACUCGGCGCCUUCUUCUACAUGCAGCUGGUGGUGGGUGACAUCUCCAAUGUGGUGUGGAUGCCAGUGCCAGCGCUAGUUAUCUACAACAUAGUCUACUGCACGGGCUUCGGGCCACUGCCUUGGGCUGUGCUCGGCGAGAUGUUCCCGGCGAACAUCAAGUCGUCUGCCUCGUCCAUUGUGGCCAGCACCUGCUGGACUCUUGGCUUUCUGGUUACCUAUUUCUAUCCUGCUCUGGAUGCCCUUGGUUCCUACUACGCCUUCUGGCUGUUUGCCGGAUUCAUGGUGGUGGCCUUCUUCUUUGUCCUUUUCGUGGUCAUGGAGACAAAGGGCCUCAGCCUGCAGGAGAUCCAGGAUCGACUAAACAGCAAGCGCAACUAAGAGAGGGCCUAUUUGUUAAUAUAUGUAUAUGUGUCGUUUAAGUCCUUAAAGAUCUUAUAUGUAUAUCUUAGGUCUAAAAGCAAAGUAUUUUAUUGCAUAGUCUUUUAAGCUUAAACUCAAUUCUGUUAAACAUUUUGCCAAAAUACACUUUAGUAAUAUGAAGA